CAAAAAUAGCAAAACAAAGUUGCUGUUGUUGAAUUCAAUACUCAACUCUAACUCAAAUAAACCCGUAACGUCAAUGCUAAUUGCUUCGAGGCCAAACGCUCGCCAAUUCUUCUUCCCUCAUCUCUAAACUUUUUUUUUCUUUCUCUCCAACUUUCCUUUGGUGACCCGCCAUGAACAUCCUCAAAAACCUCGGCUUUGGGGCCAACAACAAGCCAACCGCUUCAAUGGAUAAUUGCGCCAUCGCUCAGGGUCCUGAAGACGACGUCCCGCCUCCUGGUCAACAGUUUGCUCAGUUCGGUGCGGGCUGCUUUUGGGGCGUUGAACUGGCUUUCCAGAGAGUUUCGGGGAUCACCAAAACUGAAGUUGGGUAUUCCCAAGGGUUCAUGCAUAAUCCGAGUUAUGAAGACGUGUGUUCGGGGACUACCAACCACAGUGAAGUCGUGAGGGUUCAGUAUGACCCUAAUGAGUGUAGCUAUGACACUUUGCUUCAUGUCUUUUGGGCUCGCCAUGAUCCUACUACCCUCAACCGCCAGGGUAAUGAUGUGGGGACACAGUACAGAUCUGGGAUUUACUUUUACAGCCCAGAGCAGGAGAAGGCAGCAGUGGAAUCCAUGGAAAAACAGCAGAAACUCCUCAACAGAAGGAUUGUUACUGAAAUUCUGCCGGCCAGGAAAUUCUAUAGAGCAGAGGAAUAUCACCAGCAGUACCUUGCAAAGGGAGGUCGUUUUGGUUGUAAACAAUCUGCUGAGAAAGGAUGCAAUGAUCCUAUCCGAUGCUAUGGCUAAGUUGCCACUUUUUCUGUAUGAACUUCUGCUUUUGUCUAUGGAAUUUUAAUGCCUUGUGUUAUCUAUGUAGUUACUGAAGGUGGUGGACUUGUAAUUAUUCAUAAUUCCAAGGCAGACCGAUAUCUAUGUUUUGUAUAUCUACAUUCAAAUAUGGCGAUCAUGUAUUAAUAUUGAAAUAUUACAUACCAUUAUGGUGGAGGAUGUUUCCUUUUCUUCCA